AUGCGCGCUCCAUAUUUCCAAAGUGCGCAGUCUGGAAAUCCGCCCUUCCUUUUCCUCGUCCCCUCCCAACAUCCAGCCGCCAUCAUGCUCAGCAAGGAAACGCGCAUCAUCACGCUCCUCGUCAUCGACGUCGUGUUCUUCUUCGUCGAGAUCAUCACCGGAUAUGCUGUUGGAUCGCUCGCCCUCGUCGCCGACUCGUUCCACAUGCUCAACGACGUCAUGUCGCUCGUCGUCGCGCUGUGGGCCGUGAAGCUCUCUACAAAGUCGUCCGACCAUCGCUUCAGCUACGGCUGGCAGCGCGCAGAGAUCCUCGGCGCGCUCGUCAACGGCGUCUUCCUCCUCGCACUCUGCUUCAGCAUCUUUAUGGAAGCCAUCGAGCGCUUCGUCAACGUCACCGAAGUGUCCAACCCCAAGCUCGUCGUCGUCGUCGGCUCGCUCGGUCUCGCAAGCAACCUCGUCGGCCUCCUCCUCUUCCACGACCACGGUCACGCCCACGGAGGUCACGGUCACUCUCAUGGUCACGGCGGCCACUCUCACGGCCCCCACGACCACGCUCACUCCCACGCACUCCCCGGCACCGACGCCGAGCACAGCCACAGCCACUCUCACAACGCUCCGCAGCAGGACCCGCCCGCCAUCAGAGACUCGGCUGCCAACGCCAAAGGAACCACCUCGAACGACGACGCUGCAGCCACCAGCAGCUCGGCUGCCAAGCGUGGACGCGGCCGUGGUGACAGCGUCGGCUCCAUCCUCGGGCACCCCGCCCAGACGCGUGCAUUCGUCGUGCAGACCGCCCACGACCUCGGCUACGAUGCCGGCACCAGGCACCAGCACUCCAACUCCAUCACCUCGCUCAACGGUGGCGCACACAACGAGCGCUCGCGCCUCCUUGCCAACGGCUCGCACGACUACGGCGCCACCGAUGGCGCUGCCGCCGAUCUCGAGGCCGGCACGUCCAACGCACCCAAGAACGGCCGCUCCGCCGACCACGACUCGCACGCCGCCGACCACGAUGCGCCCGGUCACGGCCACUCGCACGGAGGUGGACACUCGCACGGCGAGGGCAGCAUGAACAUGCGCGGCGUCUUUCUGCACGUGCUCGGUGAUGCGCUCGGCAACGUCGGAGUGAUUGCCGCUGGUCUCUUCAUCAUGUACUCGUCUGCAUGGUGGCGAUUCUACUCGGACCCCGCGAUUUCGUUCCUGAUCACCAUCAUCAUCUUCCACUCGGCGUUACCGCUGGUCAAGUCGGCGUCGUACAUCCUGCUGCAGGGUGUGCCGGCGUCGGUGUCGCUCGAGGCGGUGCGCAAGUCGAUCCAGGCGGUGGAGGGGGUGAUCAACCUGCACGAGCUGCAUGUGUGGCAGCUUUCGGAGAGCAAGAUUGUGGCGUCGGUGCAUGUGCUUGUCGACUGCAGUGCUGGGCAGACGGACAAGUACAUGAGCAUUGCUGCGCAUAUUCGGGAUAACUUGCAUGCGUGGGGGAUUCACUCGAGCACUAUCCAGCCCGAAUUUGUACCCGGCGGACUGCGCGAGGCGGCGAUUCUCAGUGGGGUUCAGGUGGCAGAGAGCGAUGAUGAGGGUAGGCUUAGGACGGUGCAGGGUACGUUGGUGGAGAACGAGGUGCAGAAGGUAGAUACCGCGUGUUUGAUCGCGUGCGGUAAGGAUAACUCGUGCCAGACUGAGAGCUGUUGUCCCCCCACCAAUGGGGCUAGUCGUGCCGCGUCUGGUUCCAACACCCCCACGGCCUAA